AUGAGUAAACUCAAGCGCGAUAACUUGUAUUUGAAAUUCCACCAUUACUCAAAACCCAGGUUACUGGCCAUGUUCGCUGCUAUUCGGUCUGCUGCAUCCUAUCGUGGUGUUACUCGCGCGUUCUCUACCACGUCAAGAACGGGUGACCUCGCGAAACUUACUCUCAUUGGUCGUUUGGGCAAGGAGCCUGAAGUAAAAAGGACGAAGAAUGAUAUGGAAUUUAUCACAUAUACGGUGGCGACAAACAGUUACCCACCUCCCAACGAGGACGGAGAACGGCCACCUGCUAGAACCAGCUGGCAUCGCGUCUUGUCAUUCGGUGAAACCUCAAACACAUAUCUGAAAAAGCUCAAGAAGGGAUCACUGGUUUACGUCGAGGCAAACUACGAACUUCGUGAACCAGAGCCGGAAGCAGACCCCUCUUCCCCGAUGGGUCAGAGACAAAUAUUCUUGAGACAUGAAUCAAUUCGUGUUUUGUCGACUCCAAAGUCUGAGGAUGAAUCGCACUAAUUUUGCC